UCCAUGUUUUCGUUCUCACGUGUGGCACAUUUCUUCCACUUAUCAUGUCUUCGAAGAAAAAGAAAAGCAAAUCCAAGCGGUUAAACGAAGGGGACGGCUCCUGUGACUCGAGCAACGUGGAAACUUCCGGUCACGAGGGGAGCACAAGCAGCAACGUGUUCACUGUCAUCGACUUCAUUGACAAAGCUGAUGACAAAACGCCCAAAAGUUGCAGAUGGUCACUAGCGCAACUGAGCCUCAACUCCCUAAAGUCCGCAGGAGUCAGCAUUGGCAGACCGGUCCUCCUCACGAGUCCCACGGGGCGACAGGAGGUGUGUGUCGGAUGGCCCGUGGCCGCCUUCCCCAGUGGGAAAGUGGGCCUCCACAAGGGCGUGCAGAGCAACCUGAAAGUGAAAUGCGGGGAUGCGGUGACGCUUCAACCUGCGACGGGUCCCGUGCUUCAAGCCGAAGAAGUCGUUCUCUCUCCCAGGUCCAUAGAUGACAAAUUGAACACGGACGAAUUCAAGAACUUCCUGCUGAAUUCCUUAGUUGGAAGCAUCAUUCUCCCAGGUAACGUGGUGUCCCUCACAUACUUUGGCCGCCCGUGCAGUUUUUACGUGGAAAGCGUACGCGGGGAAGAUGGUGGCGCACUCCAGAGGGCGUCUCCUCCUCAGCCUCGUUCCUGUGACACCGAGGAGUCCUCCGCGCCGGAGUCCACCGCCGCCGACGUCUCGUUGCGCCUCGGCCUGCUCUCCUUAGACGACACCGGGGGUGCCGAGACGCCGACCGCCAGCACGCCGCGCAGAACCACCGGCUGCCCGCCUCCCCUAUCCGCGCCGUCCCCCAUUUUGAAUCACCGCGACCCACCUGCCGACUCUGAGGAGAACACCAGCAGCUUGGAGGGCUCCUUCAGCUCGGAACAGCCUCCCCAACUUCCCACGGCGCCCUCUGCUGCUGUGUCGAGUACUGACACCUUCUACUGCCUCUCCUCGACGACGAAGCUCAGUUUUCCAGGCAAAGCCAAGCGGAAGGAUGCCGACCCCAAAAGAGCAAACGUGACAUACAGCAUGAUUGGCGGCCUCAGCAGACAAUUGGAGGUCAUCAAGGAGACCGUAGAGCUGCCUCUCAAACACCCACAACUCUUCUCCAGUUAUGGCAUCCCCGCUCCCCGAGGAGUCCUUCUGUACGGACCCCCCGGCACAGGAAAGACCAUGAUCGGACGAGCCAUCGCCAACGAGAUCGGCGCUCACAUGACGGUGAUCAACGGGCCGGAAAUCAUGAGCAAGUUCUAUGGUGAAACUGAGGAGAAGCUGAGGCAAAUAUUCACAGAGGCAUCACAAAGGACACCUUCCAUCAUCUUCAUCGACGAGCUGGACGCCCUGUGUCCGAAGCGCGAGGGUUCUCAGAACGAGGUGGAGAAGCGAGUGGUGGCGUCCCUCCUGACCCUCAUGGACGGGAUCGGCUCCGAGGACCACUCGGGACAACUUCUGGUCCUUGGGGCCACAAACCGACCCCAUGCCCUCGACCCGGCUUUGAGGAGACCUGGACGCUUUGACAAAGAGCUGGAGGUUGGCGUGCCCAGUCCCGCCGAGCGUGCCGACAUUUUGCACAAGCACCUGAGCUCGGUCCCGUGCUGCGCCACAGUGCAGGAAGUGACGCGGCUGGCCGACGCCGCUCACGGCUACGUCGGCGCAGACCUAGCUGCUGUUUGCAGAGAAGCGGGUUUAAAUGCACUGCGGCGAGCGAUCAGCGCAGCCAGCAAUACGUCAGAUCAGCAGCUGAUGGGCCAGGUGACGGUCACACUGUCCGACCUCCAGUGGGCCAUGUCAGUGGUGAAGCCCAGUGCCAUGAGGGAGGUUGCCAUUGAUGUGCCCAAGGUCCGCUGGGCAGAUGUCGGCGGCAUGGAGGACGUGAAGCUGAAACUGAAGCAGGCCGUGGAGUGGCCCCUGAGGCACCCAGAGGCGUUCACCCGCAUGGGCAUCCAGCCACCCAAGGGGGUGUUGCUGUACGGACCGCCAGGCUGCUCCAAGACCAUGAUCGCCAAGGCGCUGGCGAACGAAAGUGGCCUCAACUUCCUGGCCAUUAAAGGUCCUGAAUUGCUGAGCAAGUACGUUGGCGAGUCUGAAAGAGCUGUGAGAGACGUGUUUCGGAAGGCCAGAGCCGUCGCUCCGUCCGUAGUCUUCUUUGACGAGAUUGACGCACUGGCCAGCGAAAGAGGAAGCUCUUCUGGAUCGGGCGGCGUGGGCGACAGAGUCCUGGCGCAGCUCCUGACAGAGAUGGACGGCAUCGAGCAGCUCGGCGACGUCACCGUACUGGCCGCCACCAACAGGCCGGACAUGAUCGAUAAGGCUCUGAUGCGUCCAGGUCGCCUCGACCGAAUCGUCUACGUUCCUCUCCCGGAUGCUCCGACCCGACGGGAAAUAUUUAGACUCCAGUUUGUGAACAUGCCCGUGGCCCAAAACGUGUGUCUGGACGACCUUGUGACUUGCACAGAAAAAUACUCUGGAGCCGAGAUAACGGCAGUAUGCCGAGAAGCCGCCCUGCUGGCCCUGCAGGAGAACAUGAAAGCUGAGCAGGUGGACGCCAGGCACUUUCAGAGCGCCCUCGCCGCCGUGAGGCCGCGCGUGCCCGACGCUCUGGUCCAAUCCUACGUCGCCUACCAGCAGCGGCACGCCACCGCCAACCCGCCUUCUUUUCUUCCACCCCUCUGAUGUCUUUAAGUCAUCGCAUCAUAUGAAAUAGAUCAUCCAACAGUCAAAUAUUAUGCUAAAUCAACUGUGCAAAUUCCACAAUCAUGAUAUAUAUAUAUUUUGUUUUUUUUCAACAAUCAUGGUAAUGUGUUUUCAGUCUGCACCCAAGCAGAUUAUCAGCGUUUUGGACACAGAUUUUAUUUAAUUUUUUUAACUGAAAAUGUAUUAUGUCUAUUAAUAAUGAAUAGCAACAUUGCAAAAAAAAAAAAAAAAAUGCAUUUGAGGAAUCCUAACCAGAUGCCUGAGCCACCUUAUCUGGCUCCUCUCUGGAGCUGGGGAUCGAAAAGCCGAGCGCCUGGCACAGCCGGUGCCUGCACGGCCCGAAGAGGCAACGUGGGUCCCCCUUCCCGUGAGCUCGGCACCUGUGGGAGUGGGCCAAGGGGGUCGGUUGCACAGUGAGCUGCGUGGCGGCUGAAGGCGGGGACCCCGGCGGUCCGAUCCCAGGCUACAGAAGCUAGCUCUAGGGACGUGGAAUGUCACCUCUCUGGUAGGGAAAGAUCCCGAGCUGGCGUGUGAGGUCGAGAAGUUACGACUAGAUACACACACAGCUUGGGCUCCGGUACCAGUCCUCUGGAGAGGGGUUGGACUAUUUUCCACUCUGGAGUUGCCCACAGUCAGAGGCACCAAGCAGGUGUGGGUAUACUUAUUGCCCCCCGACUUGGUGCCUGUAUGUUGGGGUUUACCCUGAUGGAUGAGAGGGUAGCUUUGCGCGUCGUGUCAUCGGAGUUGAGGCCGCAAAGUCGUGGACACUCUGGUGAAGAGAGGGGCGGAGCUGUCAAUCAAUCACUACCUGGUGGACAUCAGCGGUAAGGGACUCCGUCAAGGUGAAGGAAUCCAAUCUGGCCUUUUUUGGCCUGUGGGACUCCGUAGGCUGAUGGGUACCGGCUGGCCAUGCGGAACGCAGCUUUGGUGGUCACUGAGGCAAAAGCUCGAUCUUGGGAGGAGUUCGGUGAGGCCAUGGAGAAAGACCUCCGGACCGCGUCGAGGAAAUUCUGGUCCACCAUCCGGGGUCUCAGGAGGUGGCGUGCACUGGGUAUCGUGUGAACGCUAACCGCAACUUGGGACGUUGUGAUUCAGUAGACUGAGUACUUUGAAGAGCUCCUCAAUUCCAUUAUUUUUUUUCCAGAAAUGACAAAAAAAUACAAAUACACACACAUCUUUUGAGUGAUUAAACAUUGCAUUGUUAAAUUUAUCAAGGUAUAUUCAACAUGCACUUUAGAUUGGUUAAUGAUUUCUAAAAAAAACAGCAGACCCAAAUGGGGACUGACUAAUUGUAUCUGAAAAACGGGGUGUAACUGACCAAAUUUGGACAUGGGAUGUUUCCACCCAAAAGCGGCAUAUUUAAUCAUAUUAUGUCUCAAGCUAUAUUCAACGUGCACUUGAGAUUGGUUAAUCAUUUCUAAAAAUAACAGACCCAAAUGGGGACAGACCAAUAGCAUCUGAAAAACUUGUGUACAUGCUGAAAUUUGGUCAUUGAAGGUUUCCGCUCAAGAGCAGCAUAUUUAUAAUUAUGUAUCAAUAAUUAUUUGUUAAUAGGUUGCAUAAUCCAAAUUAAGAGUCAACGAUAAUAACGUAAAAAUUUUAUAAUUUUUGACGUUUCUUAAAAAUACAAAUAACUUUCAAGUAAAAUAUACAUUAUUAAUCGUUUUUCUUUUUUUUAAUAUUUAUACAUGGCUCAUUGUAACACAAUUCAGUCAUACAUAUUUUUUAAAUAAAAAUAAAAUAUUGUAUGGAGCUUGUAUUCACAAAUAUUUUAAUAAUAAAAAAUGCAUUGCUCUAUGACCUGGCAGACUAUAUUUUAGAUAUUGAAAAAAAGAUCAAUAAAAUGAUGCAGAAUUAAAUAUUAUGCAUCUGUAUUUUGUACUUUUUAAAUAAAUACAUGUAUCCUACAGGUGUAUACAUAUUGUAUACAUUAUAUUUAAAAAAACCAAAACUAUAAUUGUGUCUCAGAUAGCUCGAAAUAGAGAAAGCAGGACACCGAUGGUCCUCCAUUUUGUGUCUAGUCCAAGAAGGAGCAUUUCCGGGCGUCCAAUGAGCCUUAAUGGCGACACGCGCGGGUGACCGACCAGCUGUCGCUCUCCAAAGCAGCAAAACGAACUCCCAUCAGCCACUAAACUAAACAAACCCUCCUCAAAACUCUUCACCUCUUUAUUUAUCCCUUUUCUACUGUCCUUCUCUGCGUGUGUGCAUGCGCGCGCGUGUCUGCCCAUCCUCCCCCACCCCCAUGGAUGGAUUGUUCCAUUUGAAUGGCGGCCCCAUUGACUUUGUAUUGAACUUCCCCUUUUCUCAUGGAUCCGGAUGUAGCGCAUCCGCGACACCAAUCAAAGCAGACAGUCGGGAACACGGCUGGGGGAGGGGCCAAGGGGUGGAAUGGGGCGGGGGGGGGGGGGCACUUUUCCUCCCCCUGCUACUUUUUUUAAGGUGGACCGGAACUGAUGUGAGCUGCAGGCGUUCCACUGGGAUACUAAAUCAUUCACUUUGUACACUUUGUACGAGAUGGAUGAAUGGCUAAAUCAUUCAGUUUGUACAAAAAUAGAUUAGAUUAGAUUAGAUUAGAUAGAUAGAUAGAUAGAUAGAUAGAUAGAUAGAUAGAUAGAUAGAUAGAUAGAUAGAUAGACUUUGUCCAAGUGGUUUCUGCCACUCCAUUAAUUGGCAUUAGGUGUAUUUAGAGUGAAUAUGAUUUGUUUGAAUAAAAAAAAUGGCUUCUAUGCUUUAAAUAUAUAUAUAAAAUUUAAAUGCAUGUUUUUCAUUUGAAUGCCUUGAUUUGGCUCAGUUGAUUAGUAGUGUCUGACUAAAUUAAAUAUUUUUUUUUUAUAUGAUUUGUACAAUUUAAUUGAACAAUAAGACUUAUGCAUUAAAUAUAUAAAAUAUGCAAGUCGACGUUUCUUUUCUGAUGGAUUUUGUCUCAUUUAUAGUGAAUGUAUACUAAAAAUUUAUUUUUCUGUUCGUUUUUAACUCAAUGAUUAAGUUAUUUUGUUUAUGAAAAUAAAAUAUGUAG